GGGGGUUACCCGGCGAGGUAGGUGUUACCCGGCGAAGGUUUUUCGGUGAAAAUGGGGGUUACCCGGCGAGGUAGGUGUUUCCCGGCGAAGGUCCUUUCUGCAAAACCAUUACCUGGUGCAGAUCCCCCAGGCCACCCUGGCCAUCACCUCCUGCCUCCUGGGGUUACCCGGUGAUCUCAGGCUGCCAUCAUCCUCCCCAUGGCCGGCCGGCUGCUGGAUUGCCUCACAGAGGGGCUCCUCUCCACACGCCCUCCACCUCCCCUCAGUCUGCACCCUGCCACUCUACCUGCCCUCCCUCAACCUGGUCGAGGUCUGCCAGCCUGCAGCACCCACUCUGGCCAGUCUCCCUCCAUCUGUGCUGUGUGUACAUCUAUGCCUGCCUGCCUGCCUGCUCACCUUCUCACCUGGUGCCCGACUGCCCUCUUGUCUUCUUGCCUUCACCCCUCCCCACAAGUACCCUGCAGCCCUGUCUCGGGUGCGUGGCCCCAGACAUCCACCCAACCUGCAUCAACCUCCAUGGACACAAUUAUUUAAAUAAUUAUCCACCGAACCAAGCCAUGGUGCCACUGAAGCUUACCCGGUGAGGGGGCUGUGGCAGCACACCACCCGGCGGCUGCUGGCCGCUGGCGCCCACGUUGGCCAUCUCCUGUGUCCACAGUCUCUUACCCGGCGAGGUUCC